CACAAAGCCAACAUCGGCCCCCAUUCCGCAAAAGAGGUCAUGAUGCUGUCUCCUGGGGGUUGGUCCAGCCCAUAAGGGAUCGAUGUUGACUCACCUACCUAGUCACAAUGGCCCGCUGCAUAUCUGCCGGCUGAACGCCAAUUUUCCCUUUUGCCUCGGAUUGCCUCUUCGUCCGAACUGCUUCCCUGGAAAGGCUUUGCUAGGAGAGUGCCACUGCUAAUGAUUGAGGCAUGAGGUGACUCAGAGAACAUUCUUCUCUUUUGACCUUUCCUUCGCUAGGGAUGAAAUCGGCCAUAACCGGUAACAGCAUGUCACCCACCGAAAAUGCUGCAGCCAUGGACGCCAUAUCUUCUAAUCGGUCAAGUUCAGAGGCUACGCGUGACCAACUCACGAUAGAACCUGGAGACCUGGAGAAGGUCAUGUCAAAGCACGAAGAUGCAGAUGUGGCAGUCACCAUCCAAGAGGCACCUGACUCAAGCAUUGUCAAUUGGGAUGGUCCAGACGAUCCAGAGAAACCACUGAACUGGCCUGCCACGAAGAAGUGGAUCAAUAUCGCAUUGAUAUCCAGCAUUACCUUCCUGACACCGUUCGCUUCGUCCACCUUUGCACCAGGUGUACCGUUGGUCAUGGACGAAUUUCACGAAAAGAGUGUCGCUUUGGCGUCACUCGUCGUAUCAAUCUAUGUCCUUGGAUAUGUUUUCGGGCCUUUGAUCAUUGCACCUGCUUCGGAACACUAUGGUCGUCUACCAGUCUACCACGUCAACACCUUUCUGUUCCUGGUCUUCACCAUCGGCUGCUCGAGAUCUACCAGUAUUUCAAUGCUCAUUGUUUUCCGGUUCCUAGCCGGUGUGGCAGGAUCCAGUCCAAUAACGGUUGGGUCGGGAACUAUUGCCGACACGUUUAAGCAAGAAGAGCGAGGGAAGGUCAUGUCUAUAUGGAGUUUUCCUAUCCUAUUUGGUCCUAGUCUGGGUCCUGUGGUGGGAUCCUAUCUUUCCGCUGCUGCUGGAUGGCGAUGGGACUUUUAUCUUCUAUCAAUCUGUACCGGUACAUUACUGGUGCUUACCGUAAUAUACCAAAGGGAGACCUAUCCGCCCGUUCUUCUAGAGCGAAAAGCGAAAAGGCUCCGGAAGGAGACAGGCAAUGCAAAGCUGCGGUCUGCCCUCCAGUCACCCAAGACGCCCCGAGAAUUGUUCCUCCUAUCCAUUGUGCGGCCACUCAAGAUGCUGUGUUUCUCACCAAUCGUCUUUGGUGUCUCCCUGUACAUCGCGGUGACGUACGGAUAUCUCUAUCUAUUAUUUACGACGGUCACCUUCGUGUUCGAAGACCAAUACGGCAUCAGUUCGAGCAAUGUUGGCCUGGUAUACCUGGGCAUCGGGCUGGGUCAGCUGGCUGGGCUCUCCAUCUUCGGGUACUACUCGGACAAACUGCUGAGGAAAUGGGCCAAAGGCGGCGAACUCAAGCCCGAAUUUCGCUUGCCUCUCCUGUGGCCAGGCGCAUUUUUGAUUCCUGCUGGCCUUUUCAUGUACGGCUGGUCCGCAGAGUACAAGGUACAUUGGAUCGUGCCAUUGAUUGGGACUUUCAUCUUUGGGGCUGGAAUGAUCAUGACGUUCAUGCCGAUCGGCACGUAUUUGGUGGAUGCUUAUACGACUUACGCUGCCAGUGCAAUGGCGGCAAACACGGUCCUCCGAUCCAUAGGUGGCGCACUGCUGCCUCUUGCAGGGCGAAGCAUGUAUCAGUGUCUGGGCCUGGGAUGGGGGAACUCAUUGCUUGCUUUCAUUGCACUCGGGAUGACGCCCAUGAUUUGGGUGUUUUGCAAGUAUGGAGAAAAGAUCAGGCAUCAUCCCAGGUUCAAGCUGAAUCUGUGAUGAUCAGGAAAGGAUUUCAAUUGCAUUGUACAGGCAUUUAUAACGACGCAUACAUAUGGGCUAGGCAAAAGCGUUGGGAUGGCACGACUGGACAUACUGUGCGGUACAUAGACCAGCAUGACGGCGAACAAGGAUGGCUAUCGUUAU